AAUCGUAGAUUGUUAGUUGUCCUGUGUACUAGUUCCUCACACUCAUGUGGGAUCGUCAUUUUCUGAGAGAGAGAAAGAGGAGAGGGGAUAGGAGAACGCAUGCUUCUAGCGUCGCGGGGCCGAACGCAAGAAGGGAACGGUCUACAGCGGGAAAUGGUUAUAAUUCACUCGCAGACAAGCCGUACAAUCGAGAAGGUCAUGUCGUUGUAGACGCGUCGUUUUCAAAACAUCAUCAUUAAAAUAUUACCUGAAAAUCAGUUUCAUAAUACGUUUUUACAGCAGUAUCAGUACAACGAUUUUGUGUAAUUGCAGAACGGUCUUAAUUUAUUAACAUAAACUCUAGUGAAAAGUGACUAUAAACUCAAUAUUCAUCAAAAAAGCAUAAAGUGCGAAUUUAACGGAUAUUUAAUUUAAAAUUCUCACAAGUUUAACGGAAUUAUACAUUGCGAUAACCUCAAAAUUCAAUAUUUUGGAAGCGGGUCAACGUAUUCCGUUGCCGACCUAUCUCAAUAUUUGAAACAGUUAGUUGGUCAUGGACAAUUAUUAUUCUCACAAGGUUAUUCGCUUUUGUAAGAGGUUUCUGUGUAAAUUAAACUAGAUUUUCAACGAGUAAUUAAUGGUAUUUUACUGAAAAAUAACAUGUCUGCAAAAAGGAAAGCAUCUGCGAUUAUACAACAUCAUAAGGAAAAUCUACCUACCCCGGAGUCGUCUGAAGGAAACGAUGAAGAUCAUUAUGGUGGACAUAGAAACGGAAAUAGUGAUAUACAGGAUGUAUCAUCUGUACCUGGUAGUGAGGAUAUGGUAGGAUUAUGGGCCCAAUACCAUUCAGCACUAGGGCUAGCAAAAGGAAAAGCCACACCACCCACAACAAGGGAUAAUUCAAGUCCUGUGAAUGCAGAAACGGGUUCAGCCCAUGAUGAAACAAGUUCAAGUGGUAAUAAGGAAGAUGAAGAUGAUGACGAUGAUGAAAGCGAUGAUAAAAUAGAUACGCAAACACAUGACCCAGAAAGACUGAAAGCAUUUAACAUGUUCGUAAGACUGUUUGUCGAUGAAAAUUUAGAUCGUAUGGUUCCUAUUAGUAAGCAACCCAAAGAAAAGAUCCAAGCCAUCAUCGAUUCGUGUACUAGGCAGUUUCCCGAAUUUGCCGAACGAGCAAGAAAAAGGAUUCGAACGUAUCUCAAGUCUUGUAGAAGGAAUAAACGAGCCAGGGAUCCGAAUUCUUCUUGGGACGCAACUCGACCUACUCCUGCCCAUUUGACAUCCGUACAAGCCGAACAAAUCCUUGCUACAGCUUGUGAAAAUGAAAGCCAUAACGCGAAAAGAAUGCGAUUAGGAUUAGAACCAGUCAGUCAACCAAUGCCAGUAUUGCCAGGAUCACAAUCGACUGAUACAACGGCACCAAUCAACAGAGGUUUAGAUUUCUCGAACAAUAGUACACCAGUGAAAUUAGAAAACGACGUUAUAUCUACGAGUUUUUCAACAGCGAGCACUCCAUCAUCUACUCCAAAUUCUUCUAACAAAGUUUUACCCUCAACACCAGAAACUAAACCUACAACAUUGAGUGUAACGAAUGCCGGCGUAUUAGGUACAAUAGGAAUGAAUGGGAUAGGGAUAUCUAGUACGGCAUCAGCAGCUCCAACAGCAAUGUACAGACCUAAUUUUACGCAAGCGUUUCAAAGAACAGGACCGUAUCCUCUUUUUCCAGGAUCUACACCUUUUACAGCAUCUGGAACACUUCUUACUAACGGUCCGGCGGAUUUGAGCAUGAAACAAAAGCCUUUGUUAAAUCACAAAUUGAAUGCCGGUGAAAUGACUGCUGUACGGCAACUAAUCACCGGAUAUCGUGAAUCUGCUGCAUUUUUACUUCGAUCUGCAGACGAAUUAGAACAACUCUUAAUCCAACAACAGUAGUAUAUUUCAAAGUUGAGAUCAUAAUCCGAUAAAACAAAGCAGAAACUAUACAUAUAGAAUUUGAAACGUUCAACUUUUUUCUUCUAGACUAAAUUAUUUAUUUGCACAUAUACUUUUCAUAGAAAUACCAAAAUUUAUGUAGAAAGGUACACAAAAAUGUACAAAUUGUCCUUCUAGUAGUACAAUGAAUUUAUACUAAAUAAUAAUUUCUUCACAAUGUUUAAAUGGUUGAUUUCAAGUGAAAUAAUUCGAGAUCGAGUUCAAAUUGAUUCAUUAACUGUCAAAAUAUACCAACAAAAAGUUUCAAAGUGACGGAGUUUGAUUAUUAUAGUAUUUUUAAAUUGAGUGAUUUCUUUAACUCCAGCUAUCUCUUGGUAUGUUACAAAGCAGAGGUGUAAUUAUGAGAAUUUAAAAUAUUUUUCUCACACCUAUUUUUUAGUUAGAUCGACCUUUAUCGAUUGUUAAUGUAUGUGCUGUACCUCAGAACCAGACGAAGGUAAGUCCAUAAAUUACAAUUUUCAAGUUAAUACACCAUUGAAUGUAGAAUUUGGUUUUACAUUAAGCCAUAUCAACUUAAGUCCUCUGAAAAAUCCCCUUUUGUAUUUUGAAAGGGCUGUAAGAACCUAAGUCCUCACCUAUGAUUGGGCCAAACGAACGUAAAUCAACUUAGGUUCUUGUGGCUCUAAAGCUUUUUAAAUACAGUUAAACGCAAGUCCAUAGCUGGACUUACGUUAGACUGGCUGCAAUGUUCAUCGGGCAAGGCAUACUCUUAUCUCCUUGGCGCCGUUUUUCUGUGUAUUAAAAAAUCUGCUGUGUCACACUCUUGUUUACUUGUUGAUUUGAUAACCUACUGCUCUUUCAAUAUACAUAAACUUUCAAAUAUUACAAAAGAAACCGAGUCCAGCUCCUUCACUUACAGAGUUAAGGGUGAGGAUUAUUGAUUUAUUAUGUUAGAUUUACACAAACCAGAGAAGAAAUGGGUCUAUUCCAAAGUGUUCAAUGAACACUUUAACUUAUCUUUCCACUUGCCAGACAAUGACACUUGCGAUGUUUGCGACGAACUGACUGCCAAAUUAAAAGUAAAAAAAAUUAUGCAAAACUUAAUGAGCUCAAAUUACAAAAAGGAAAUCACCUGAAAGAAGCUUCACUUAGGUAUGUACUAAAGAGAGAAGACAAGGUAAAAGCUUGUGCUACUGAAGGCUUUAGAGUUGUUAUGUAUGAUUUCCAAAAGUGCCUUCCAACUCCAGAUUUGAAGAAUUCCCAAAGCUUUUAAUCCAGAAAACUUUGGACAUUAAAUAGCACAAUUUAUGACGCCACCGUGGAUAAAACUUGGUGUAUGAUCAGAGAUGAAAAUACAGCCGGUCGAGGAGGGAAAGAAAUUGCAUUAUGUUUAUUUACUUGGUCAUAUGAAGAACUUUAGAACUCCUGAGGAACCUGUUGAAAACUUAACAGUCUGCACAGAUAACUGUAGUGGCCAGAACAGAAAUAUCAACAUGGUUUUUAUGUAUUUAUGUCUGUUGAAAAAGGUUCCGACACAGCAGGCAUAGUAUGAUCAAAAGAGCGGAAAAAAAAUUAAAAACCACACUAUUUUUACUACAAAUGACUGGAAUAAUUUUUUUGCUUCAUGCUCUAAUAAGGACCCAAUCAUUGUGAGAAGGAUGCUUCUCAAAGACUUCUUAGACUUUCUUCACUUGAUGAAUAAAGACGCCCCAUUUAUUUCAAGGAAGAAAAAUACCGAAAAUGACUAAUUUUUAAUAUCACAUGGUUACAGCUUCGUAAAGGAGAUACUAAACUGUAUUACAAAACCAGCUUUACUAAUGAUAUCUUCUAAACUGUUGUUCUUAAAAGAAAGCGGAGGGAAAAAGGGAUUGUAUUACAAGCGUCAAUCCCACCAAUGAUAUUAACUAAAAGACCGAUAAGUAGUGAAAAAUACAGAGACCUUAUUAACUUAUUGCAAUGGGUUCCUGAGGAAUACAGAUCGAUCUUUAAAAAUAUUCCACAUAGGGAAAAUGAAAGGAACUUUCCUGAGGAUGACUCAACUGCACUAGAUUAAUAGUUUGGUUAUCUAUGGAAUGUUACCCUUUAAGAACAAAAAGUAUUUUGUAUAUUUAAUUUUUUAAAAGAUUUAUUUGAAUAAAUAUUACAAAUGAUUGCUGUGAAGUGUUUAUAAACAUACCUUGUCACAGUGUUGAGUGUUAAAACAAUUUUAUAAGUGCAGUUAAAAAAACGUAAGUCCAGUCCUUAAAUAAGUCGUUGAUUCUAAACGAAAUACCUAUGAAUGAAUUAAAUAUAUACAAAAUAAUAAUUCCAAUAAUUUUUUGCCGACUGAUUCAAUUAUCAGCUCUGUAACCAUUCCAAGAGUUCAAUUCUUACAGUUUUGGUGCCCUCCUGAAAAGUUACUCUAGUGUGACUUACGUUAGUCGGGUCCUGAGGUACAGUGUUUGCUCUAGCAACAUAUUAUCCUUGUAGUAUAUUGAACUUCUUGCAUAUGCGUAAAUGAAAUUUCUAACUAAUGGUAAAAACACCUCAAUGAAAUGCUCAGUUUAUAAACACCUUAGAUGCUCAACUAAAUCGUCUUCUUGACAGAAAAUAUGGAUUUAUCCAAUGGAAAAUGAACAAACUUUGGUAAUCUGUGUUAUAUCAUAACAUCUAUACAUCUGUAUAUUGGAUUAGAAUAUUAAUUGGGUUUUAACUGCCUUAUACUAUGUAUUCAUCUAGUUGAUAUAUCACAAUCUCAAUCCAAUUAUAUAGCUUUGAGAUAUUUUAUGAUUCAGUUUAACCAUAAAGUCGAGGUUGUUGAAGUGGUUGAUUUUAUUGUUGGAGUGUUCGCUUCAUACGAGUUUUAUUUUGUCGUCUUGACGUACCCUUUUACUAGAUUGCUAUUCCCGAAUAACUCUUUGCUGGCUCUAUUCUAUAGUGACCUGAACUCUGCUUAAGCGUCGACACAUACAUUUUUCUUAUUAUUUGUUACCAGUGUAUCGUUUAUUUCUUGUGAUCAAUCAGUCUUUCCUUUUUGUAAUUCCAACAAAACUGAAUUAAGAAAUUAUAAACUACGAGGUUGGUUAGAAUAUAAUGAAAACACAAAAAUUUCAGAAAAAAUUAAUUUAUUUUUCAACGUAAUCUCCUCUUAGCUUUUCUCAGAUGUUUAAUGAGUUCGAUACCCUUUUUAUGAUAAGAAUCGUCAAGUUCCUAAAAAUAGUCAUCAACUGUCGUCAUCACCUCUUCAAUGUUGGAAAAUUUUUGACCACCGAGCCAUUUUUUCAAGUAUGGGAACAGCAAAAACCCGAGGGGUCUAAAUCCAGCGAAUAGGGCACAUGAGGUAUCCAAUCCAAACUUUAAUUCACUAUUUUUUGUCAAUGCUAUUACGGAUGUGUGAGCUGGUAUAUUGUCUUGAUGAAACAAUACUCUCUUCUUAGCCAAAUGUGGCCGCUUUUGCUUGAUUUAUUCGCUAAAACGUUCGCAUAAUACACGCCGUUGCCAGUUUCUCCUCUUUCAAGAUGGUCAAUGAAAAUUAUCCUAUAAAACGUCUUCUUUAGAGUCGGUUUUUCCUUUUCAGUCCAUAGUUUUGAUUGUUCUUUUAGUUUCGGGUGUGAAAUGAUGGACACACGUUUCAUCCAUGGUUAUGAAACAGCGUAAAAAUUCGGCUUUAUUUCUGUAAAACAUUGUCAUACACUCGGUGGAAACAUUUCUGGAAUCGUCACCUCAUUUAGUCGAUCACUACGACGCUGAUCUUCGCAGGCCGUAUGGCCUCGCUCAAGCUCUGUUAGCCAUUAUUUUACUGUUGACAAUGACGAAGCCGUCUCACCUACGAUAAAAUCUUGUUCAGCUUUCACAUUGGUUCGUCUAAGGACUUUCAAGUAAAAGUAUUGUAUCACAUUUUUACCAUGUUUACAAAUUCACUGUAAACGUUCAAUAUUGAUAGUUGCAGUUGCCAAACAACGUGGCGUCUUCAAACUUUAAACAUUGUAUAGAUAGUGUACUUUCUAAUAAUGGUAUUAAUCAAGCAAUCACCGUCAUCUCUAGGUCAGGCCAAGUACUACACUUUUUAACAAGAGAUUAUUGUAAACUUAAUAAAACUAGUAUGUCACUCGGAGCAGAAUACCCAUUAUAUGUUUCGCCUAGUUUGCACAGCCUCGGCUAACGCCUCGACGAGGGCUCAACAAUAUUUUGUAGCCUUCUACUCCAAGUAAAAUAAUGUACUAUUCUCCUUAUUUUAUUUGAACAAAGUUCUAGUUUAUCGAUAGUCUAAAACAUCUAUAUGAAUAGUUUCUCUUAAAUAAGCCAUAAAACAGAACGAGAUAGAAGAAGAUAUAGAAGAAACCUUAAUUAAAGGAGUGUUGAAUGUCCUUAAAAUAAUAAUAGUAAAAAAUUAUUUUUUUACUGUAUUGUUUAAUGAAAGAAUUUCUGAGAUCCGAUUUUUCGGAUAAUGAUUUCAGUUAUUUUGAACUGAAAUUUUAAUCAUGGAGCUAUUUUUGAAAAUAUUAGUAUCAAAACAUGAGUGUUCUAUUGUAAUGGUUAUUCUUCGGUUAAAUCAUCCUGGUAACUAGUUUCGCAAUUACGCGUAUGUUAUUUUAAAGCAUGAUUUCUAGUCAACGGGCAACGUGUAAUUUAAAAGAAAUUAUCAAAACUACGUAAUUUGUAAAUAUUUUGACAUUAUUUGAGCCUAACUAGCUGUAUAUCUGAAAUAAUAAACGGUAGUCACAAAUUAGUUGACUCCAAUGAAAUUAAACAAGCAAAUCAAGUACUUUCUGAAGAGUACCAUUUUGCACCGAUUCAUUAAAUGAAUUUCAAUUUUUAACUAUACUAAUUGCAAAUUCUUAACCUACAAAUAGAAGACGAUUAUCAAUAUUUAUUCAAGUAAAUUUAAAAAAGAUUUUUUCAGGAAUAUAGAAUCCAAUCAAAAAAAUAUACACUCUUAGAAAAGUUGAUAGAACAAAAAAUUGCUCUCUACAUUCAAUCAUUCAUAUUUACUUGAAAUGCUUUUAUACUAAGUGGAUUUAAUAAUUGAUUGACAUGUUGUAAUAUUGAAAGUUACACAGAAUUUUGAUUUAAACUAAUUUAGAAAAUUUCAAACAUAAAAUUCACCUCUUGAUUCAGAAUUCUGCCAAAUGGCUGUCAAAUUUUCAUUAACUUUUUAUUAAUAUUCUAAAAAAGACAGUGUUUUAAUAGAUGGUUAGGAAAUUAUUUCAUUCAUCAAUGAUUUUUAAAAUGAUCUUCAAGUGGAGAAAAUAUAUUCUCAGUAACGUUAAUAUUUAGUAAAAGAACUGAAUUACAUUAAGCACAGAAUUAACCAAUUAUGAAAUUGAAUAUAAAAAUUUAUCUUAGUAAAAAUACCCAAAAUUGUAUACUAUAGAUUUUAGAUCCUCAGUGCUCACUUAUAUAUCUCAGUUCUUGAGGAGGAAUUUUUUCACAAACCGAUUUAUUGCACAAUUUUCGUUUCUGUUCUUCAGCUCGGUUUAAAUUUUAUUUGUAAACAAAAAAAUGAAUAAAUAAACAUAACAGAUGAGUAAAUUGACUAAUACACAUUUGAGCAAUAAAUUAUUGAUUAUGGUUAACCAUAGAUAAAAUCAGAAUAGACUGCUCAUUCAAUGAAACUCAUGUUCUAAUAUGAGAACGAGAUACAAAGAGAGUUGCGGUAUAGUUAUCUCUGUCAAAUGCUAGAUUUGUUUGUUCUAAUCUCUUAUAUUAUACUUCUCUCUCUUUCCACUACCUUAUCUCAUUUUACUAAUCAUUGCAGAUAUAUCUAUCUUAGAUCAGGGAAUAUUCCUUUCUUAAGAUGGCACAACUAAUCUAAUUCACUUACUCCAAAGAAACUGCUUAACACAUUUGAUAAUAUAAAGGCUUCUCGGAAAUUAUGAUUCUGUAUCAAGUAGAUCAUUUGUCAGCUGAUUGCAUAACGAGAUUUUCAUUAAAGAUUCUGAACAACGCGUUUCCUUUUUAGUGGACAUUUCAAACCAAACCUUAAAAAACCUUUUCUUUCCAUUACUCCACUUCCAUGCGUUAAUUUAUAAAUUAACCUAUAUUUCCUUUGUGUUUACAGACAUUAAUUCAGAUGUUCAAAAAAUUUCAACUGUUUAAAUAAUUGUUAUUGAUUAUUUUACAACAAAUUUUCAGACUAGAAAGUUUUUAUGUUGAAAAGCCAAAAAAGUACAACAAUCUUAAGCUUUAGUAGCCUCUCAAUCACAAUGUUCACAAGGUUUAAGCGAAAAUAACCACGUAAGGGAGAUUGACAAUUAUAAAAGUGAAAAAAAAACCGACAGCUGAUCGUAUUUACCCCAUAUUAAAGAUAGAGAGAGCAUGCUUAAGUGGGCCUGAACUGCUGAUAGAGAGAGAAUGAACAUCGAAAUGCCACUAUAUACCUCUAUCAACUCUAUUCUAAUUGCAUUUCCAUUUCGGAACUCUCAUUUUAUGAAAAAUCUUUCCAGAAAAACUCAUGAAAAGUAGUAGAAACUCUUUAUUAGGAAAUGAAAAAACAAAAUGUAAAUAAAAUAUUCAAAUUCCUAUUCAUCAACGCCGCAUUUUUUGCAAGUGUCUCCGCAGUGAUCUCCGCAGAUCGGUUGUACACAUUGUCCACAAUCAGUUGUUAUCAUCCGUCUUUUCUUAUUCAAAAUUAGAGCAAAUGUAUCAAAACCACCUUUAGUUUCAUUCUAAUACUGAACAAUCGUAGGUUUUCCUGUUUCUUCUGAAAUUUAACCUCCCUGAUGCAUUGUAGACAGUAGCAGUAAUACCUUCUCUUCGCUGUCUUGUAGCGAGCAUUUCUUCUGGUAUUUCCCUUUUAUUUUUCAAGAGCGCUCCAAUUAUUGUUAGUUUAUAUGGAUCUUGGAGUAGUUCAUCAGCCAAACUAACUGAAGUAAAGCAAGUGGCAAACCAUUUGUACUGGUCUUUUUUCCUAAAUACGGACUUGCAUCUACCAUAUAACAUGUCGAGGAGUCGUAUAACAAAAAACAAUUUUUAUACCAUACUUUGCAGUUUAUUCGGAAUGUACAAGCGGAAUGGGCAUCGUCCACGAAAUCCCAUGACUUGUUCGUCAAUGGUUAGGUAAGAUGAAGGUGUAUAUGAUCAUCUGCUAGAUUCAAUGAUUUCCCAUAUUUCACGAACAGGAGCAAAAGGAUUAUUCAUUUUCAUUUCCUGUCUUAUUUCUCUUGAAUCAAACCUCAAACAAUUCAGCAAAAACACAAAGGGGAACCAGAAAUUGUAGUAUGUAUCAAAUAUAUGCCUGCCAGAUAGAUGAUUGUUUUUCUUGGCAGCAGAGAGGAUCAAAAUUGCAAUCAGGGCUAGCAAUUCUUCUUUAGUGGUAGGUAAUGCAUGGUUAUUCUCAGUGAAAUUUUGCUUUUCCAGUAAUAUUUCUACAAUUGUAUGAAAUAUUAUAUUAAGAAUCGUAAAAAAUAUGUUCCAGUACCACAUAUUGCUUUGCUUCGCCUUUCGGACCAGAUACAAAAUGGAUAAGCCUCCUUGAAGCAGUUCACCUGAACAUCGGCGUCGCCCAUAUUGUCUCCCGAAGUGGUAAUUUCUUGUCCAUCGAUAAGCCAAUUUCAUCGAGAGACUAUUUAUCAGUUGAAUCAUCUAAAUCUUUUAUCCAUUCAAUUUCAAGAUUAUCUUCUUCCUAGUCACUAGCCAUUCUGCUGAAACGACAUAUCUUCAAAACAUCAUAAGUGACGAAUAAGACGAAUAAAGUACAAAAAUCUGCGAUUCAAUUGACAAUAAUGCGAUGUUUCAAACACUGGAGUCUAGUUACCAAUUAAAGAAGAAGGUAUUGAGAGUCUCGCCCCAUUGCGGUAACCGGAAACAAACGAAAUAUCAAGACAACUAUUUACCAUCGUAAAUUUUACGAAUGUCCGGUUAACUAGUGUUAAUAACUAGUAGAGAGAGAGAGCUGUAAACCAUUGCUUUUUCUGUCUCUUCGAAUAGUACAAUUCCACUUACAGGCUGGACUCUCUAUAUUUAAUACUAAUUCUAUGGCUUAGUAGGUAAAAAGGAUCAUAGCUUCCGAAAAUCUCUAAAGAUUGUCAAGAGCUUCAGUGGGAUGCGUUACGAGAAACGACUACUGUAAGUCUAGUAGUGUCACUGUGAAAUUAAAGCGUUUAUAAGUUUCUAAAUAAACCAAUAAGAAUAUUUUGAAAGGGUUUGAAAAGUUUAUAUAGGCUGAAACUACUUCUACUCAUUUAAUUAGUGUACAAAAUUAUUAUCAAAACCUAAUAGAAUUUGUGUGACUUGAAAAUUUGAUACAUAUUUGCAAAAAUGGACUUUCAAAUCUUACGUGCGUCUAGCUACUUUAGUUUUUUAAUUUUUUGGACUCAGAUGCUCCUUUUUUAAUAAUAGAGUGGUGUAUAACUCUGUAUAUAGUUACUAAAAAUAUAUAUGUACGUAUUCAGCUACUAGUUUUUAGAUUAUAAGGCAUAACACUAAAAAUGUACAAAUGUUUUUUAAAUAUGUAAAAUAUUUAUUUAUCGAAAAUAUAAAAAAUUUAAACUACUUUAUUACAGGGGAUAUUUUAUUAUAUUUGAUAUGAUCGUUAUGAAUUUAUUAUAAUUCAGUGUACCAAAGAAAAACAAAAAAUAUUGUGUAUAUACUCCAAAAAAGUCGGCGAAAUUUUCGUACAAAUUUUUCAUUCUUAUUUCUGAACUAAUUUGUUCAUGUAGAAGCCGAAAAAAUAAGAAAAACUAGUAAAGUUAGACGUUUCUCAAUCAACAUCUGUUGUAUUUUUUGUACGUGGAACUACUAACAGGAAACAACUAUAAUUUUUGCUCUAGUAUUCUAUUUCAUCCAACAAUGUAGACAUAUUGUUUCCUCUUAAUAUUAAAAAAAUUUUUUUCAGUAUUUCUCUAUCAAAGGAUAAUAUUAUUGAUUUAACGUUGUCGUGUUUUUAUCCUUUUAACUUUACCAGUUUUUGCUGAGCCAGUUGACUUAUUAAAUCGAUGUGAUGAGGAUUGUACAGGGUGUUUUAUUCAAAUGUGUUUAGAUUAAGUUACGCACUAUAAUACAUGGGCUUUUUCCAAAAAUUUAAUAUGUCACUUUUACUUGUAACUAAAUUUUUUCUUCUUCCAAACAAAAAUGCGUGUUUGUUAAGAUCUCGAAUGAGAUUGUAAUAAUUCAGAUUAAAUAAAUAUACUUCCAAUAGAAUAUUUUACUUUUGCUUACCAACUUGCUACAAUAAACUAAUCCAAAUAUUUAAAAAAAUUCCACCAAAACAAUAGAAAAGGUUUGUUUUCUGUUAGAACGCUGAAUCUAAAUCAAAACUGGGCCACUAUAAGAAAUUAGUGCUCAAAAUUUUGAAUCGAUAACUUUGCUAAUGUUAAUACAUUUAGGAAUAAAAUCGUGAAAAAAACCAUUGCACUUUAUCAGAAAUACCCGAAUUACACUCUUCUGGUUUAAUAUUAUAAACUUACUGUAGAAUAUGAUAAAGGAGCUUCUUAAACCUUAUAAUUCUUAUUAAAAAAGGUUACUUCUAACAUACUUGUUGCAUUAAACAACUUAGUAGCUUCUAAACAAUUUCUCACCUUAAUCAACUUUCAAUAAUAUACUUUUUUCUCCUUUGAAAAUAAAUCGUGUAAAAUCUAAGUUUCUUGCGGAGUAGAAACCCUAACUAGUUGACGUUGGCUGAUAAUGUGGAUUUCCAUCUCCUGUUACUAAAAGUACCGAGUACCACGGAAACGAAUUAGCAUCACUUCAUAGUACUGAUAUUUGUCCCCCCAUUGUUGAUAUCCGUAAUCAAUUUUACACCAUUUCUUCUUUCUUCACCAACAAUAUCUUCCUCAUCAAUCGUUAAUGUACAGAAAACGACCUCUUCUGACCUUCGAGGCCUAGCCUCUUAUUUCUGUAAGAUUCUGUUACACACUCACCCAAUAAGCCUAUGAGUUUGUUGCUCGGUUUACGUAUAUUCUCAGCGCUCUUGCUACUGCAGAAAGGAUCAUCAAAAAUCACCUGCAGUUCCGUUUUCUUUCAAACUUCCACAGAUAAGUUGGAAUUUCUGGAACCGUUGGUGAUAUUCAUACUAAAUACACCACGACUACACCAACACUCACAAUCAGAUUGUCUGACGCGCUAUUCGAUAACCAAGUUAUCGUCUUCAGAGAGUUCUUUAAAGUCUACUCUAUAGUUUAGUAGAUAAGGAAUAAAUGUGAAGAUUCCCGUUAAGGAGGUUUUUCCCUCUGGAACUAAUUUAAAAUUUAGUAUAAAACAGGAAGGUCAAAUCAUUAGGUUUUAGUUUACCUUCAGUCUGUGAAGGCAAUAAUUUGAUUAUCGAAACGCGCGUUAGACAUGGUAAUUGCGAGUCUUGGUGUAGUGGUGGUGUAAGCAGGGACUUCAUUAGACCUCCAUAGAGCAAAAUCGAUUUAAUGUAGUAAAAAUAACAUUUUUUAGAUACAUUUCAUUUCAAGAUAGUCUAUUUGAGGAGUGAUACAAUCAGUCCAAUGCUAUUGUAACCUUUCUAUUUUUGUUUCACCUCAACCUAGCUAUGAUUUUUUCAUUAGGUUGAUAUUUCUUUCCUCGAAGUAUUAUUUCCAUGUCUGUAACAGCCUCCAUUUACUAGGGACCAGAUCUGUAGAAGUAAUUCGAAGUUCCAUCCACUGAAUUUGACCAUUGGCUUAAUGGACUUGUGACAAGGUGCAAAGAAAAAUUUUCUUCUAUACAAGCAUAAAAAAUAUAAAAAUUCUUAUCAUAUUUUACACCUCAAAUCGCUUCUUGGAACAAAUUGAAAAUAGUUGACAAUUAAUUUAUGGUGUAUUGUGGUUUUAUUCACUGAUGUUUACGCACUUGCGCUAGAUAUAUAAACCUUCAGUUUGAUAAUGUUCUCCAUAAUCAAUAAAAUUACAAAAAACAAACAUUUUAAUAACGACCUUCCUUGUAUUCCUAAAAUAAGGUAUACAUCAAAUUUUUGAAAGAUGAAUCGACGGUCUUAAAACUAUGUACAGAUCAAAAUUUACGACACUCUGUACAUUUUGAUUUCAAAUUAUGUAAUAAAUCAGUAUCUGCAAAUGAAUUUUAUUUAUAUUGAUGUACAUAAGUAAAGACCAGGUGUAACAAAUUUCUGUCUAUGUUUUUGGAUAGCAUACCUGUGUCUGUAACUGAAUUCUGUAUAAAAGAACAUUAAAAUAAAAUGCAAAAUUAUCAAUAUUUUCAACUAUACCGAAUUGUAAUUGGAUCUGAAUCCACUGCCAGAAGAUGUAUUAAUAAAAUACAUCCAUACUUUAUGCAG